AUGGGCUGUGAUCAGACUAAAAUUCGUUCUCCUGUUGCAAGUAUUCAUCGAAAUAGUAAUAUUGAACGUAAAUCAGUAUUUUCAUAUAAUUCUGAUGAACAUCAUACACUAUCCAUUCUCCCUGAGGUUCCUCCUAGCGAUUUAUCGCCAAUAGAUAAAGAUGCAUUUACAACUACGGUUUGCCAACAACGACAAAAGAGUAUUGACAAUCUGGUUUACAGGGAAACUAUUGAUAAGUGGAAACCUUCAUCUAUUGAAGCACUUGUUAAUUCUAUUCAAGAACUUUCUGCUAAUAAAAAUAAAAUCGAUCAAGCUUGGAUAAUUUUCUAUUGGAUUAGUGAAAAUAUCAGCUAUGAUACCGAUGCAUUUUUUAGCAACCAAAUUGGAACACAAGAUGCUAUUAGUGCGUUUCAAAAUAGAACAGCAGUUUGUGACGGUUAUUCAUCAUUAUAUGCUGAAUUAUGCAAUAGAAUUGGAGUUCAAUGUUUUAAAGUAAAUGGAUAUGCAAAAGGAUUCGAAUUUGAUCCACGUCAAAUGAGUUUUGAUGAGAUAAAUCAUGCGUGGAAUAUAAUUAUACUAGAAGAUGAUCAUUCUUAUUUUGUUGAGCCUACAUGGGGUUCAGGUUAUGUCGAUAAAAAAACGCAUAAAUAUAAAAAGAAAUUAGUUUCCGAUUAUUUUUUAUGUCGACCAGAACAUAUGAUCUAUAAACAUUUGCCUACAGAUCCCGAUUAUCAACUUCUUACACAUCCAAUAACCAUAGAACAAUAUCUUAUGUUACCUUACGUAUAUCCAGCAUUUUUUACGUACGAUUUACAAAUCGUUUCACCUGCUUAUUCGGCUAAAGUUGAUCUAGUUAAGGAUGAAUCAUACGGAUUGGUAAUAAUUAAAACACCAAAUAGUACUAUAGAAUUAUCCGGUUCUCUAGAAGACGAAGCAGGUAAUAAAAUUGAAGGUGGUCAUUUAGUUUAUUUAGAUAAAGAAGAUCAAACACUAUGGCGUUGCCAAUUUGCUCCACCAAAAAUUGGAAAAUACAAUAUUUUUAUUUUUGUCGGACAAAAAAGUAGUCAAGAUCAACAUUCGGCUGCUGCUGUUCAAUUUGCUUUCGAUGUCGAUCAUCUUCCAUUGCCACCUAUUUCUUAUCCUCAUAUAUGGUCAGCAUUUUUCGAUGAUAACAUAGAAAUCAUCAAACCGAAAAAUUCUCGCUAUAUUGAUUGGCCAUCAAAAGCCAAUACUGGAUAUUGCAAAAUUCUAGUACGUUCGUCUGAUAAAGUUUAUGUAUCUGCAGGAUUGAAAGAUGGUUUGACAGGUAACAACGUUACAAAUGGGACAUUAGUUAAUUUCGAUCAUGAAACACAUAUUUGGCAUUGCCUUUUUGCUCCAUCAAAUACUGGUGUUCCGUUUGAACUGACUUUGUUUGCUCGACGUCCGAACGAAGACAAAUCGCAUUCUGUUGCUGAAUUCAUUUUACGACCAAUCCCUAACAAUGCUCUAACACAAUCUAUGACAUUUCCUGAAAGAUUUCUUCCAUUUUGUAAUGCCAAAUGUCUUUUGAUUGAACCGUUAAAUGGCGUACUCGAAAGACAAUCUUUCGUGCAUUUUCGCUGCCAAAUUCCUGGUGCACAACAAGUAAAUGUAACCGUCGAUGGCGAAUGGAUUGAAGAUGAUCCAUGGAAACCGAAUGAAAAUGAUAUGUUCGAUGGUGUUAUUCAAGUCGGAAACAAAGAAGUUAUUAUCUAUGCCAAUUUCGAUUCUAAGAGUGAAUCAUACGGUGGGCUCUUGAAAUAUACUGUCUCCUAA